UAAAAGUCUUUUGGAAGCGCCGACCCAGCGAUCAGUUAGCUGCAAGCGCUUUUGGCGUCUGGUGCGGUGUAACGGAGAAUCUAGUGCUAACAUAAAAACGGAAAAAGCAUCGACUGAAGGACUGAGGGAAUACGGCCGUAUUUGAAUUCAGGCGUUUUCAUUUGUGCGUCCAUAAGUCGACUUAAUUAAGUGACCAGUUCCGUUCAAUAACAGUUGAGAGAAAACUCACAGACCGCAUCGAAGUUGAAUUGAUUUGCGCGCAACCGAAAAGCAGUGUUGCAUAUGCAAAACGCGCGAAACGCAAUUCGGUUCUUCCUCCCGGUUGCAGUGCCCGAUUCGUCCUUGCUAUUGCCGUGUUGCCGUACUGCUGUAUUGCCGUAUUGUUUAUGGAUUUGCUGUUUUUUGGAGCGGCGACUCUCCUCUAACACGUCAACAGCUCUCGCUUGAUGUUUACGCGGCUGCCUUCGACGUAAAGUACCGAACGGCCGCAGUGAGUCCAGCCAAAGGUCAAAGGAAGAGGAACAACGUUGCAGAUUAGACGGAAGGCCGUGGAAAAACAAUCUCCCCUGAGUGGCACGACUCCCUCGACUCACGCAAGGAAGAGCAAAGGCAUCCCUGGGAUGCGACUCCUCGCGCUGCCCGGCCUCUGGGCCUGGCUAUACCUGACCGCCCCCCUCACUUUGGCCUAUCCGAACAGCCCUCCGUCCCAGCCGCCCUUGGCCUCCUACGUGGACACCUCGAAAACGUCCAACCAGCAAAGCCUCCCAGCUCCUGUUCUCCUGCAGCCCGCAUUCGUCUAUGACGCCCACCCCCCAGAGGACACUGCUGCCCUUGCCGCGCCCUCUGAGUCUAUAGAUGGGGAACUCUCAAAAGGAGUCAUCGGUUCCAGCUCAACAUCUUCAGUCUCUGUGGUUCUGGAUGGCAACAAGCCACUGUUCACGGAUGCCCUCGGUCACAAGGUUCCAAAGCCGCUGCCCUCGCUUCAGGUGGCCAGCCCCAUCGACCUGCUUAACCCCGACCGCUAUGAGUUUUACACCUUUGACGACCACGGUGAACUGGUGAAGCGUCUAAUGACCAUGCAGGAGAUUCAGAGCAUCGUGGCCAACGGCGACGGCGAGGGUCCGUCCAUCAUCCACCCGGCCCCGCUGUCCCCAACUACUAACCCUGAUAAGAACGUCCAGGACAUAGUUAACAGUGUCCAGAGUGUGUUGAACAAGGAGGUGGCCUCCAGCUCGACUAAAAAUAGCUCUGGGGAAUUAUUGCCGCCUCUUUUGGAUACGCCGGACGUCUCUUCGACCUGGUCCCUGAUCCUACCCGCAAUUUUCGGCAACACUGGAGGCGACAUCUUCCCGCAGCAACGUCCGCAGCAGAUUGUGAUGACCCCCGAGUCGGAGCUGUUGGAAACGUCCACGAGGGCGACCCCAUCGACUACCAGAGCCACGAAGAAGCCAAAACCGAAGCCAUCCAAGCGUAAGCCUGGUAAUGUCCGCAGACCCACCACCACAACCACCACUGAAAUGAUUCCACAGGUGGUGCAGGAGGAGCUCGACCCCAUGGAGUCUGUCUAUACGGGCAUGCAACAGUACCAAAACAUGGCUGCCAACGUAGACUUCGAGCUUCCCCACAUCCAGCCGAUCUAUCAAAAACUUCCCACCAAUAGUCCCGCCACAGGGCGGCCGGAAACCACAACGCGAAGGGUGUUCUUCAACAACCAAGAAAUCAUCCACACCCCCACUUCCUCCACAAGCGCGUCUUCUACUACAGAGAAGAUCGUCUUCAACCACCAGCUGGCAAAGAAGCCCCCUAACGUGCAGCGCAAGCCCACCCAGCCCCACAGAACCAAGAAGCCGAGUGGUGCUGUGGUGGAAUCAUCAUCUCACACGGGAGCCACUGGAUCAAAGCAGAAAGUCAAGAAGAAGACGACAACCACGACCACAACAACCUCCACAACCCCAGCUCCAGAGCCAGUUACAGAUCCAGCAACCCAGGCCCCCUCUGAAGAAGUUGAGGAUCCUCCCGUUCCGACCACAACCACCCAAGCACCUCCAUCGACCACCCCCAAAAAGAAGAGGCGCAAGCCGACACGGACCCCUGGCGCAGGAUCCACGCAGAGUGGCAGCAAGCCAACGAAACCGAAGCGAAAGCCAACCCCCAAGCCGAAGCCACAAAACCAGCCGGUGAGUGAAUCAGGUGCACCACAACAGGUCGGGGGGGCCCAAAAGCGACCCCACAAAAAACCGAAACCAACGACGACUACCACAACUACAGCCCCCGAUCCGGAACCAGUGACACCCACUGCUUCUCCUGAGCCUGAAAUACCUUCGCCUCCAGAGGCUCCCGUCUCGGAACCACAUGCAGAGGAGAGUACAACGACCAGCUCUCCAGCCUCUGAGCCAGAGCCCCAACCUACCACUACAGUUGCCCCCACAACCACCUCGACGGAGGCGCCAACAACUACUGGUUCACCAAAGACUACUGCGAUUCCUCCCGCUCUGCACCACCAAAAGUUGCAUCAGAAGCCUGCUCUAUCGACAAAGCGGCCGACCACUCUGCACCACAAUCGCAUCCACGGAAAGCCGGUGCACAGCACCACCACAGAGGAGAGCAGGCUGCCAGGUGAGCCGCAAACCGAGAGCUACGGAUUAGUGAACGUCCUUAGCACCUCAACCAGUAGCACCACCCACCAGCCCCUCUAUCCCGUGCCCAGCUACGGAUCUGAAUCCAUCCCACAUACGCCUGCGGUUCUUGCCGACGCCACCACGGACGUUUCUCAGCUGAAAAAGACGCCCUUACCGCUGCCGUCGCUGGCUCAUUUACAGCAACAAGUGCAUCCCAGCUCGCCUUCCCCCGCUCCUCAGCUUUCGCCUGCACAGAUACUAUCGAUGGAUCAGAUUGUCCAGUCGCUCACCCAGGACCUUUCUGUCGCGGACAAAUCGGACGGAGACUCUGCAUUGGAGCCUGUGAAGUACGACAGUGCCGAGAACAAACAACAAAUGGAGGAACUGGCCAACAAGAAGAAGAUCUCUGUCGCCGCGAGCACAACUUUAGAAACAACACCCGACAGCUCUAGUUCGACCGGGCCUACUUCCACCCCCAAGCCCACAACUCACUUAACCAGCAAUAAGCCCCUAAUGUCCCACUAUGGUGGGAGCACACUGGCCACAAUGCUCUCUGAGGAAGAGGACCAUACAGAGUCCACAGAGUCAUCAUUGGUCCAGAAGACGUCAUCGGAAACCACGCUGAGCAGCUUUGAGGAGGAGGAGCCUACCCCCGUGGUCGUGAUCACAGCGAGACCACAGUACGCUACAUUCCCACCUCUUCCGAAUGUCAAUAUGGAAUCCAAUCAGAGUUUGCUUGAAGCCGGAUCUGAAACUGGGUAUCCACACCAAUGGGCCCAAGAAGAACCGGAGACCACAGAGCUUCCCGGAGAAACACAUUUUCUUGGAACCACUCCCAUGUCGGUUUUGGGCGAAGAGGAAUCUGCCACCAACAAGCCUAUUUUAGACUCCGAGACAGGGGUAGGCUACACUCCCCCUAACGAGCCAGUCUCAGAGACCAAAGAGCCGGACGAGCCAGCUAUGGUCGUUACGGAACAGGCGCUACGUCUGCCCGUUUCCGAGAGUAGCACCGCAGCUGAUUUCGAUGCCGACAGUACGGAGGUGACGCCUAUGGUCGCCGACCUGGUGCAGCAACUAAACCUGGAGGUGCUCAAGCCCAUGGAGCAGAUAUCGAUGUCUAACUUCCAAACGCAGGCAGCCACAGUAGCCUCCACCCUGGUGGAUGGCACCAGCUCGCUCGGCUCCAACGUCCAGAUGAACUCCAACGAGACCAAGGACGAACUGGAAUUCCUUGUUUUGGACGUCAUUCAACAAAUCACCCAGGGAGACCAGUACCCGCCUGCGCCGAACGUGAAACCAGUGGACGAUGGACAUCGACUCACCAAUUUUGCCCAACUGAACUCUUCGUUCCUUCUGCAACCGAAACCAGAUAAAACCGAGGAACUGAACAAACUGACCCAGAAACCUGUCCACCAUUCGCCGGAUGAAAGUUCAACCACCGUCCCCUUAAAGCAGGAAGCAUCUUAUCUGGAUACAAGCACUCAGUCAAUUCCCAUUCUCUCGCUAUCGCAAAUUUAUGCGCAGCAACAGCAAGACGAAGAUGAGGAACAGCAGAUGUUUGCCAACGAAAGGCUGGAGGUUCAGCCAACUCAAGAGCCUGUAAGACAGGAGACCGCACCUGCCAUAGAGGAGACAUCCACCAUAGCUGAGGCUACUACCGAAAGUCUAGAGCCAAACGAACAAACCACGGUCGUCGAGGAGGGUUCCGGCAGCGAGGAGUCCACAACAAGCUACGGGCAAAUCCCCGACAGCUUCACGGAACGCGAAAGUGAAGAGCAAAUGCCCGAGAUGUUGACAAAUGGUUACAGCGAGCAGCUGAAGUUGGAAAACAGCGAUGACCAAGAGCCAACGCCGGAGUCGGAGCUCAUUGUCACCACGGAAAAGACUGAGCCGGAAGAGCCUGGAACAAGCACUCAGCUUCUGGAGGGCGACACAGCAACGACGCCAACGCCGACAAAUGUUUACAAGGAUGCACAGGAAGAAGAGCAAAUAUCAACAACGGAGCAGCCGAAGAAGACAGAACAGCGGCAGGAAGUGCAAAUAACAAGUGCGGAGGACAGCGCCACCAAUGCUGCUGAACUGUUGCCACAGUAUCAGUCGCUGGCCAGCAAGGAAGAGACUGCGGCAGUCACGGAAAUACCCGGCGAUACAUCCUUGGUAUCUUCCGACUCGGACAUGUCGUUCAGCUCAGAACAGGUGACUGAAAAAAUCGAAGUGAGCACGGUGAAGACCCAGGAACUGGACGACGAGUCGGCGGAGGAAAUAUCCGAUGAACUGACGGCAACCAUAUCUGAAGAGCAAGAAACUGGAGACGCGACAGCGGAGUCAGCGACUGAUGCACAGAAACUGCAACCGGAUGAUGAAGAUCCAUACGUCAAACUAGGAGAAACGACGGCCCCUGUGGUCCGUCCACUUAACCCGAGCUCCAAGGAACCAGAGGUCGAUGACAAGAGUACGUCGGAGCAAGAAAUGUCACCAUCACCAUUGGCCUCCUACGGCAAUCCCCCGGCUCAGCAGGAAGACGAAGAGGACGAGGAGGACCAAAAUGGUUAUCAGGUGGCGCUUACUUUUCCUAGCAGCUCAACGACUACUACGACUACUAAACCCACGACCACAACGAGCACAACCCAGAUGCCCUCUACAACCACCAAGCGUCUUCACACUUUAAAGCCCGUUUCAUACUACGUCCAGCCCUCUCUCUUGGGCGGGUACAACCAGUUGGAUGUGCAGCCUCCUAAGGUGCUUCCAUACCAUGCAAAUAAAGCUGCACCAGCCCAGGCAAUGGUGCCACCUAACGCACAGAGACCCACUCAACGGCCUGCUUCUCUAACCAACCUAAUGGCAAGCUCCACUCAGUCCACCAGACCGCCAGUCAAAUUGGACCCGAGCCCGGAAUCCUCGCAGGGCCUCGAGGCCUCUACAGCCCACAUGGACGAUGAUCUGAAAUCGUUCGCCCGGCUAUGCAACGAACUCGCGUUUAGCUAUUGGAGGGCUAUCACCUCGGAAAAGAUCAGCUCCGCGCGGAGUCUGGUCAUCUCGCCAUUCGCACUCACCUCAAUGCUUUCAAUGGUAUUCCUGGGGGCCAGGGGCACCACAUCCGGAGAGAUGAACGAGAUCCUCAAGCUUGACGAUAUGGUCGCAUUCAACCCACACCUGAUUUUUAAGAACAUAACCAGCUCUGUGGAGCAGGCCUCGGAUAGCGACAUUGCAACGGCUGCGUUCGUGAGGGAGAUCUUCAGCGACCGAAGCAACGGAAAGAUUCUGCCCUUCUUCAAGGAGAAGAUCCAGCAACUGUACGCCGGACAUGUGGAGGAGGUCAACUUCCACGUGGUCAAUGAUAUUGUUCGCCGUCGCACUAACUUGUUGGUAAAGCGUCACACGAUGGGCAAGGUGCUGGAGUACCUGCGCACCAACAGCGUUUGGGUCAACGGACCACUGGCCACUAUAUCGGCCAACUUAUUCCAGACAGACUGCUCCCACGGAUCAACGACUGAACGCGAUGGAGAGAUGUUCUUCCAGGUGCAGCCCACGGUGAGGCAACGCCGCCUCGUUCCAAUUCCAGCCGUUCUAUAUCGGUCCGGUUUCACGGCGGGCUACGAACCGAAACUGGACGCAACAAUAGUGGCCUUCGGGAAAGUCCAGGAUACUGUGAGCACCAUUUAUGUGAUGCCAGGCCAUCAGAGCUCAAUCUCGCCAAUGGGCAAUCUGGACCGUCUAGAGCGCAGUCUGGUGGAGAUGGCUUUUGGGGAAACCCAGGCCUGGAGCAGGUUGCUGACUUCAUUGAUGGAGCGGCCUGGCAUGGAGGUGCAUUUGCCUCGGUUCUCCCACCGCUCCUUCGUGAACGCCUCACUAGGCUUGCAAAAGAUGGGCCUGCGAGGGUUGUUUAAGUCGGAGUUUGCUGACCUGCGGGGCCUGACCGGCGCCGGAAACAAGGACAUAUACCUAUCAGACAUGAUUCAGAUCAACACAUUUAGCACCUGUGGCGAGGACAAGAUCUCUGACCAUCACCACGUGGAGAUGUAUCCGGCACCCCCUCUGCGCAAGCGCAAUAAGGACGUGGACAUCCGCGACGACGAGGAGGAUUCAUCGGAGGCCGCCGUGGACUUUGGCUCGCUAGUGCAGGAGUCGGCUCUGGGGCGCGGCUUCUACGACGAUCUUCUGGACCCCAAGUACCUGGAGCUGCCGCUGCCCCUUCGGCCGCGACAAGCGCGCGUCCCCGACGCCCCGCGGCUCCGGUUCGACAAGCCCUUCCUGUACUUCGUGCGCCACAACCCCACGGGUAUGAUCCUGUUCAUGGGCCGCUUCAACCCUCGCCUGCUGCCUUGAGGAUACGCUGGAUGACGGUGGCCUUGUUAGAUCUUUGAAUGUGACUUAGUGAAUUUAUACCCUAACCUUAACUGCUAACCUAAUUUGUAACAAAUGCUUAUUGCUGUGCCUUAAUCCCGUGACCCCUCGAAUCGGGUCCGGGAUUGACGCGCAGCAAACGCGGGCAUGUGCCAAUGCCAGAGGACAUCAGUUUCGAGUGGAAAGCUCCGCCUCGAGCAUCUUGAAUUUUUUAAUUCAGUUAGCGUAAAUUUGUUUCCAAUGGUUCUGACUUGCAUUUAAUUCGCCGCACAAUAUAUUGCAUGCUUUAUGGAAAUGCAUUUUUUACUCUGGCCUGUGCUGGCUGAAAAAUCGCCCAUAAGCGAAAAAAUGUUGAAUAAAUACGCGGGAAACAAAAGCGAAUGCAAUGAAAAAUUGAAAAAUUAAAUGCAAAUGGAAUCAUGGAAUGCGUCAAUGUUUUGGCAACUGAACAAAUGUAAUUUAAUAAAACAAACUUUACCAAUACGCAAAUGAAAAAUUGUGUAAGCUAUUAUGUAAGCUUGAACAAAAAGUCUAAAUAAAUAUACAUAGAUAUUACAAGAAAUGUUUUACUUAAACUUAAAGCAUCAAAUUGGCCUAAUGGGGAAAGUAAGGUGUCACCCUGAUAUUCUCGCGUACAAAUAUUACAGAUCAGUUUUGGCUAUCGGUUUCGGUUUUCGGCUAUAUUCUGUUUCUGUAGAGAACCCAUCGAAAUAUAAAAAAAAAAAAAAACACAUGAGUAUACAUCCCAGACCAAUUUGAAGUGAAAGUCUUACAAAGCCACCUUAUCGUUUAACUUUAAAAUUAAAUAUUUUAAAUUAAAUCUUUGGGAUGUGGUGGCAAUGAAAUUUCUGUGAAAAAGGCAUGUAAUAUACAUAUAGAAUUAUUUUAGUUUUAUUUGAUAAAAUGAAAUUAAAUUUUAGAAGUA